GCCGAAGUCUCAUUCCCGAGGACCUUCGAAACCGAGUCGGACUUCUAGUCAAGCACGUCCACGACACCGUGACCCAGCCCCUGGCUGGCGAUAUUGAGGGCACGGUGGCCUCCGACAGCACGGUUUCUGCACCGUCUGCCGAAGCGAGGUCAGCGGAGGCCGACAUGGAGCAACAGCUCGCCCAGCUGCUGCAGCUGCAGGGCGACGAAGACAUCAGUAAGAACACGCAGCUCAUCGCCGCCAUCCAG